AUGACAGAUUUGUUCAAAAAACCGAAAAAGAAGUUGCAAAUUAGGAAAAAGUUGGAUGCUGAGCAAGAGGAUGAAAAUCAAGAUGCUGAAUCGACAAGAGUUGCCGAUAUUCGCGAUUUGCAAAAAUCGCGAGAGCGGAAAAAUGGUCUCACGGAGCUUGAAUGUGCUGUUGGAAUCCAAAAGGCCGCUGCCCUUGAAGAUGGCAUUCAAAUGACAACGAGUGGUGGAAUGGUGAUGACAUCGAAGAAAAAGGCGGCUAUGGAAGCGGCGAGCAUCGAACAAGGCCUUCGAGAACAAUUCGAGAAGGAAACUAUGCUUCGAGAUGAGCACGAGGAACUCCGAAAAUAUAUCGAUGAGGGUUUGAAGGAUGCCAAACGGAAUAAUGUGGAACCAAGCACGACGACAACAAAGUUUUCAUCGAUGACAGCUGAAGAAAGGGAUAUUGCUCUUUUGCGACAAGCUGCUGAAAAGGUGAAAGCAAAUAGAGAAAAAACGGAAACGGAAUUGCUCUCGGAGCACAUGCUCGCUGGAAUUCCAGAAGUUGAUUUAGGAAUAAGUGCGCGUAUCACAAAUAUCCUGGAAACGGAGAAGAAAAAACGAUUCUUGUUGGAAAAAGCGGCGGCGAUUGCAGCGGGCCUGCCGCCGCCGGUCGAAGAAUCCGACGAACCUACGGAGUUCUUCAGUCAAAAUCAGAUUGACGAAAUUCGAGAAUGCUUCAAUCUGUAUUGCGCCGAAGGUGUCAUUAUCUCAGCGGCUCAACUGCGUUGUGUUUUGAGAAGCCUCGGCUAUUCGCCAACUUCUGCAAAAACAAUGGAAUACUUCAAAAGACAUAAUCGAAAACCAAUCGAGUUUUCAACAUUCUUGGAAAUCGCGAAAGAAGAACAAAAUAGCGGCGAUUCGCUUACUGAGAUUAUCAAAGCCUUGAGGGGAUUGGAUCGAGAUGGUUCGAAAGCGAUGCCGUCUCGCGAGCUUCGAGCAAUUUUAUCGUCAGUUGGAGAGAGGUUGACUAAGCAGGAAAUUGAUUAUCUCCUUUCGCAAGUGGAAGUCAACGGAAUGGUGCCACACCAAAAGCUUAUUCAAUAUAUUUCUCGAUAA